UAAAAAAUCUAAAAUUAGCAAAAAUAGAAAGAAAGUUAUUGAUAUUAAAAAUUCUAAUGAAUUUUGUUCAAAUAGAGUAAGCAAAGAUUUUCUUAACGACACGCAAUUCACCGCUGCUAAUGGCUUAAGAACAAAUGCUGUAAGUAAUAAUCUAAGUUCUUCUUGUUCUUCGCCACAAGCUAAAACACCCGCAGAACAUAAUCUUAGGAAAAGUAAAUUAUUAAUGGAAACUGAAAUUGUUAAAGAAUUAAAUAAAUCUUUAUCUCAACCUAGUACAUCGCAAGAAUCUUGUCAAAUUAAAAAAUGUAUAAAACCAAAAUUAGUUAUCAAAGAAAAAAUAGCUAUUCCAGAACCAGAAAUUGAUGUAUUUACAAGGUUUAUUAAUAUUUGCUUGGAAAAAAGAAAUGAUGAUAUUACUAUUAAAAUUUUAGAUAAGUUGAGAAAACGUUACGAAAAAUUAGAACCCAUUUGUCUAAAUAAUGAGGAAUUGAAAUCUUUUAUUGAAGACAUAAUACAAAAUAUAUUAAAGACUGACGAGAAAAAAUUUUAUUUUUACAUUGAAGAAGUUAGUAACGAAAUAAAGAGACUUAAUUGUGAGUCAAAGAUAGUUCAAAUCGAUGAGAAAUAUGCAAAUACUGAAAACAACAAACUUGAUAAAGUUGAAAUAAAUGAAAAUAUAGUAUUAGAGCAAGAAAAUCACACGCUAUCAGAAAAUUAUAUACCUUUGGAAAAUCAUGCACUGUCAAAAAAUGAUCUGCAUAAGCUUAAAAAAUUAAAUAAAGCUAUCAGAAAGUGCCAACAGAGAAUUAAAAUAUUAGAAACGCAAGAGGUUGACUUUGACGACGAAGAAGAUUCUACAUAUAUACAAGAGGACAGAUAUAAAAGGAAAUUAAUAGAAUUGUGUGCAUUGCGUAGCAAAUUAAUUGGAGAUAAAAGUGUCAAGAAGCAAAUUUAUAAACAACUGUUGAGACUUAAAGAUAUUCCUGGUAAAAUUACUGGUAUAAGAGUACUAGAUGAAGCAAUUCUUACUUUUAUUAAUUCUAGUAUAAAGAAAGUCAACAGAUUGAAACAUAUUAAAAAUCCAACCGCAAUUGCUGAUUUUCUCACAGUACCUGAUUAUCAUGAUAUAAUACAAUGCAUUUCCGAUUGCAAUAAUCAGGAGGACCUUGAAUUGACAGAUAGGAAAAUAAAAAUGUUAGCACUGACAGCUCAUCAGUCGCUUGUGCAUUACUUGAAAAAACAGAGGAUAUGUGAGAGUCAGAAUUACUUAUCAUUUUAUGGGGAGAGCAAAGGAGAUCCGGCAAUAACAAAUGAUGAAUUACAUACAAAAUUACAACAGAAUAAAGAAAAAGGUGACAGAAAAUUAGAAAAUAUUUUUAAACAAUACGAGAAGAAAGAAGAAUUAACAGCAAGCGAGGAAGAUCAACAAACAUUAGGAAAUACUUGCUCAGAGGAUGAGGAUAAAAAUGAAAAUGAAAAAACUGAGAGUAACGUGAACUUAACGGAAAAGAAUGUAGAAAAGAUAUUUAAAAGUUCUGAGGAAAAAGAAGAAAAUUUGGAGAGCUCUAAUUUUGAAGAUAAAAGUCAACAAAAUGAUAGAAAGACAAAUGAUAAGCAAACAGAUAAGACGAAGCGAAUAAUUACAUUCGCUCAAAUUGAAAUAUCGCCAAGAAAAUUGGUGGAAAAAAAUUUGGAAAAUAGUUUUAAAAAUUCUGAGGAGAUUGAGCAAUUAUCUCCAGUAGAUAGAAUACAUGAAACUUUGAAAAACAUCGAUUUCGACAGAAUACAUCAACAAAAUGAAAAAUGUACAAAUGAUGAUGAAAAGGAGGAAACAAAGGAAACAAAUUUACCGGCUGAGAAUGAAAAAUUAGCAGAAAAAGAGGAUCGAGUGGAGGGAAGGUUAGAAAAGAUUUUGAAAAACUCCGAAGAUAAUGAGCGAUUACUUUUAGGAGAUGAAAAUCAACAAACUUUAGAAAAUGCUAAUUUGAAUAAACAUAUAAAAGUACAUAAUAACAUUUGUUUUUCAGAAUCUAAAGCACCUGAAGAGAAUGUGGAUGUUAAUAAGAAAAAGAAGUGGAUUGGCCAGGAAUUUCGAUACGCGAUUAAAGUGCGUUCGUUCGCAAAGCCACCCGAUUCUUGGAAAGACUCUUCGUCUCCCGAGAAAGUCGAGCAAAAUUUAUCAUUGCCUAAGCAGCAAAGAAUCGCGGACUUGCCAACGCCGGGAUUCAUAGAUUUAACUAGCGAACAAAAUUAUCGACUGCCCUCGACAAGUGCGAUAGUGAGUAAUCCUUUGGCCAUCAACAAUCGUCGUAUGCCAGUGAAUAAUGCGGUUUUAUUAAAAAAUAUCAUAAGCAAUUAUAAAAUUCCCUUUCACCAGAAUGACGUUAAGGGGCCUAAAAUUGCCACGCUGAAAAAUGUUUGCGUCGUUAAUCCAAAAAUCGGACAGGCAAUGACUUACGUCCCGAAAACAAAUAUACUUUUAAGUAAUGUGAAUCCAGACAAUAAUCUGAAUCAUGUACCCAAUACGUUAUCGAGUAAUACUGUUAUCAGUCCAUGUCUAACUGUUAGGCUACAAGAGAAUAAUACUUGAAUAAUCCGCAGCUUCUCAACAUGACUUUCGUUCAAAAGGAAGUAGAAAGAGUAUAAAGAGAUCUUGUGAAAAUAAAAACUGUGAAUUUUUAACAUGUGUAAUGUGUAUUUUUA